AUGCUGGCAGCCAGGACCGGGGCUGUGGGCAGUAAGAUCUCUGAAGAGAGCACAAAGUUACGGAAACAAUCUGUGCUUUCUGUAGGGAGCAAAGACAAAUCUCCCAAGAGGGCUCCAGAAAAUGCAACAGACAACCAGCUCAGCACCUCGGACCUGAGCCAGCUCAGGGCCCGGCGUUUGGCUCUACUACGUGAACUGGAAAUGAACUGGUAUUUGAAAAUAUGGGACCUGUCAUCUGAGCACACUGUCGCCCACACGACCGGGAUGCCUCAUAGGAAUCUUGGAAAAUCAGGACUCAGAGUUUCCUGCUUGGGCCUUGGAACAUGGGUCACUUUUGGAGGUCAAAUUUCAGAUGAGGUUGCUGAAAGACUAAUGACGAUUGCUUAUGAGAGUGGAGUCAACCUCUUUGACACAGCUGAGGUGUAUGCUGCUGGCAAGGCUGAAGUGAUCCUUGGAAGUAUCAUCAAGAGGAAGGGAUGGAGGAGAUCCAGCCUGGUCAUAACAACCAAACUCUACUGGGGUGGAAAAGCUGAAACGGAAAGAGGAUUGUCACGAAAACACAUCAUUGAAGGACUGAAGGGUUCCCUCCAGAGACUGCAGCUCGAAUACGUGGAUGUUGUGUUUGCCAAUCGGCCUGACAGCAACACACCCAUGGAAGAAAUUGUCCGAGCGAUGACCCAUGUGAUAAACCAGGGGAUGGCCAUGUACUGGGGCACAUCGAGAUGGAGUGCUAUGGAGAUUAUGGAAGCCUAUUCUGUAGCAAGACAGUUCAACAUGAUUCCACCGGUAUGUGAACAAGCUGAGUACCAUCUUUUCCAAAGAGAGAAGGUGGAGGUACAAUUGCCGGAACUAUACCACAAGAUAGGGGUUGGAGCAAUGACCUGGUCUCCCCUCGCCUGUGGAAUCAUCUCAGGGAAAUAUGGCAAUGGUGUGCCUGAAAGCUCCAGAGCAUCACUCAAGUGCUACCAGUGGCUGAAGGAAAAAAUCAUAAGUGAAGAAGGAAGAAAGCAGCAAACCAAGCUGAAGGAUCUUACUCCGAUAGCGGAACGCCUGGGCUGCACUCUGCCUCAGCUAGCAGUGGCAUGGUGCCUACGGAAUGAGGGAGUGAGCUCUGUUCUCCUGGGGUGUUCCAAUCCUGAGCAACUCAUAGAAAACCUCGGUGCCAUACAGGUCCUCCCAAAGAUGACAUCACACGUGGUGAACGAGAUCGACAGCAUCCUGCGAAACAAGCCGUACAGUAAAAAGGACUAUCGCUCCUAAUCCGCUGCAUGAGGCCAUGGAAGUGCAUGGUUACAAUAGGGGCUGUACCCAGUUCAGAACUGUUCCAAUAUCCAGUCAUCCAAGUCACUUAGCAGCCUGCUGCUCAACCUCUAGCGUUCCUGGAUCUCCGAGGUGUCCGCUGUCGCUACCACUGUGCGUGGAUGUUUGAAAGCACACGCGAAAACUCACCACGCCGCCUAGAAGAGCGAUUCUAUUUUCUUAUCUACCACUAAAGCCGCCGCCGAUCCUUGCUCUGUGUACCUCAUGCUUAUGCAAUGAAAAGUAGAUGGAAAACAAAAACGAGAUCUAUAUCCUUCAGGGAUCUGGUAACUUGAAGAAGGCUGUACAGAUAUAUUUUUUCAAACGAACAAAAUCCACAGAUGCGAUUGUGAGAUAUUAAAAAUGUCUUAGCUACAGUCUUGAUAAGGCUUAGGAAGCAGGAGUAAUUUCGGGUCCUUUUUUUUCCCUUUUCUUUUCUAAAAUUGAGUUUUCUUUCACUCGGUCAUUAACAAAGCUGUCUGUCAUUAUUAUAGAUGGGGACUUGGGAAUCUCAUCAGCCAAGGGUACCCCUAGCACGGAACCUCCUUCCCCUAAGGCAGAUUGGCAGUUCCUGCCUAACAGUCUUAGAAGGUUCCCUGGGGCACAGAAAGAUCAAAAGGCUUCUUGGUCACACAGCUAAUCAGUGUCCCAAGGCCCCAAGGGCAGCCUCUCAUUUGUCUGUUACCUUUACUUUUAAUAUCAGCUGCAGUUUGGACCACAAAGACUGUCUUCUCUACCUUUGUCAGUGUUCCUAUGCAGAUAUCAGUAAUGUUCUGUUCACUUACAGAUUAAAUGAAUAGUUGAUGAGAGGAUGGAUCACAUAAUAAUUAACCAGAGAUGUUAUGAUGACUUCAUGAAAGGGAGAUAAAUGUAUGCUUCUAAGGAAUAUUAGUUCUGAAUAAAUCAUAAACCAAUGUAUCUGCAAAGUAUUCAUUUUUGUCUGUAUUUCAUUAAAACCUGUUUCAUACAUUUGACUGCUUAUAGGUAUAGCUUCUGAAAGUUUCAAUAUUUGAGCUUUUAAGAUAUACAUGUGCUCAGUUGCAAUUUAAUGCUACAAAAAGCCCAGAAAAGGCAAAUGUUCAACACUAAAAUGAGUUUUGGGGUUUUACGAUCAUUUGAAUGCUUAGUGUUUGGGGGGAGAUGUCAACAUGAAGCAGGUCAUGUGCUUCAUGGACGGUGCUAGGUCACCUAGGCUAUGGGCUUCAGUCAAUGUGAAGUCCCUCACGGACCCACUGAGAAACAGGUGAAACUCCCUGAUGGCUCUGUAACUCCCAUAAGUACAUUAAGCCAUAGUAUGCAUGAGACGCAGCAUGCGCUAAAAGCAAAUGGUUUGGUUAGGCACAAGUCGACCCUGACCUUGAGUUGGGAUGAAUCCUGCCGCUGAACGACCUCUUGUAUUCUUGUGUCGUAUCAUAUCUGCCACGUGUAUCCACUUAACAGAGAGGCUGCGAGCUCCCUCCUAUCCCUCAGAGGGGUAGAAACCAGUGUUUUGGCUGGUGGCCCUUUAAUCAGAUCACCAGAAAGAAGUACAAAAUUUCGGCCUUCAUUUUCUCAGCAACAGGAACACGUCACUUUUACACGAAACACUUUGAACCCAAAGAAUGUAGAAUUGUAGAAUUUGUAUAGACUUGUAUUUACUGUCAUUUAUAGAGACGUGGUUCAAUGUUAAAACUUAAAGGGUGAACAUGGGGCACCAACAAUUCUUCCUGGAUAAUCAAAAACUUGUAACUAUUUCAUGGAGAUAAUUCUGUUCCCCACUCCCACCCCCAUCAGAUUCAUGAUAAAAACACCUUUAAAACCUCUUCUGUAUUUCAUCCGACAGUCCACCAUGUGUACAAAUGAGCUGUGGUGCCACGUAUCAGGAAUUGCAAUCGACUUACUAUACAUCUGC